GCUGCACUUCAUCUACCCAAACACCUCGUACUUAAUGAAGCCGUUGGCCCGCUCACCUCACUGACCGCCUAAUCCUACCAAAUUAAACUCCUGGCUGUAAACAUACACAGUGCCACCACUACUUGCUGUGUUCAUUCAUAUAUACAGCGACAUGAGCGCUAAGACAAAGAAGGGUUUGUCUAUCCGGAUUUCCAGAAAUAGCUGGGUUUGGACUUUGACCCAUUAAUCUCCUCCAUCAAAUUUAGUGUAAAUUCGCGGAAUCUGUUAAUAGACGGGUCAUGCACAGUGUGCAAUAUGCUUUUCGGAACAUGUCUGUCAAUCUUGAUAUAAGCUGCCCGGUCCCCCUUACAGUUUUUUAGAGUUUGAAGAUCUGGGGAGUGGGGAGACCCUUUCUUUCUUUCGCUCUUUUUCAUCUUUUCGCUAGAAUCACGUGCGCCUGUUAUUAUUAAGCCUGUCCGAGCCGCGGCUACAUUGCAGUAGAAGUCCAGCACAGCAGAGCAGAGCAGAGCAGAAGAGAAGUGGAGCGAGUGAAUGAGUGAGUGCGUGUCUCAAUCAUUGAGGGGUUUUGCAUUAUGAGGGAGAGAUGAUUGUAAGGGGCCAUUCGAGUUCAAUCCUCGCCCAAAUCCUCCAGUUUUGAGAGUAAUCAAUCAGUUCCCUUGAGAUUCUGGGCCCGAAUCCAAUAAUCCCUCUCUCAUAGACUGCUAUCAUGGACAAUAAUGGCUGUGGGUUUCAGAUUUCCCAAAUAGAAGACGACUUCACUUCAAGAAACUCCAUUACUUCGCUUCUCGACCAGGCCGGAAGCGGCACAGGGCAGGCCGGCGGCGGCGGAGCCAUUCACCACUCGUUCUUCGAUCCGCUCGCCUCUUAUCUGGAGAACAUAAAUCCGAGGAAUCAGCAGCAGCAGCAGCAGGGACUCCUGAUAAGGAAAGCCAGCCAGGGCUUGGGCGAUCCACAGGCGGCAGAUAAUAACAGCAUUAAUGGUAGCAAUGCCACAAGCGCCGAUAGGGUUUUGCCCGCAGGCGGAGCUCCGGAGUACAGUAAUGGCAGCAUGGAGCAUUUCGACGCGGCUUCAGCUUCGGCAUCACACUGGCAGCACCAUGGGAAUUCUUCAAGCCGUGUCGGAGGCGGAGGCGGAGCAGGGGGUAGCAGUGCCUCUAAUGGGGGUACGAGCGGGCGGCUGUCCGUAGAGCAGGCGGGGGGGGCAUCGAAGGCGGGGAAGAAAAGGUCCCGGGCAUCUCGCCGGGCGCCGACCACGGUUCUCACCACGGACACAUCGAAUUUCCGUGCUAUGGUGCAGGAAUUUACAGGUAUCCCGCCCGCCCCUUUCGCUUCAGCCUCGCCCUUUCCGCGGGCGCGCCUCGAUUUUCUCGGUGGCCCUCGAGGCCUGGGGAAUCCCUUUCUACUCCGCCCCUUUCCGCAGCGCAUGGCGGCCGGGCCGGGCGCGCUCAGUUUUCCCCCUUCUACUAACCCUAAUUUGCAGAGUUUUCCUCAAAACCCGCUUUUCCAGUCGCUGCUACACCCCGGCGGCGGGGGGAAUCUUGUGCACAAAUCAGGAGGCGCGCCUUUGAGUAACAUCGCGGAUGCGCAGAUGAAGGCCGGGCUUUUGGAAGAGCUAGGGUUAAACGCCCACGCACUGCCCGAUCUGGUUCCAUGGCACGCAGGGCAGGACAACGCUGCUGCUUGCAAGAUGAGCUACAGCAAAUCCGCAGGAGCAGGCGAUCCAAGCAGGAGUCGAACCCUUAACCUGGACGAAGCCAUCGCUAAUGCUUCUGAUCAUCAUAAUAAUAAUCACGGGCGGCCCGAUCGCAUGGUGGAUUCGUGGAUUUCGUCUUCGGACCAAACCCUCGAUAAGCUUGUACAGUAAGGAUCAAGCCUUCCCCGAUCCCUUCCCAAAAAAAUCCUCAAUCCUCAUUAUUUAUGUAAGUAAACCGCUCCUGAAUCUCAUGUUUCUUCACACGGGGAAAAGGCCAGAAAGAAAAGAGAGUCAUACAAAUCGCGCCUCCAUGAAUCGAGUUGUGUCUCUGUCUCUGCCUCUGCCUGCGGAUUUGAGUAAUGUACUGCUCAGACUAUUUUGGCGAUCCAUGAUUGUUCCAGCUGCAAAUUCUGUGAUUAUAAUACUUGAAAGCCAUUUCCAGCUGCAAAUUCUGUGAUUAUUAUACUUAAAAGUCAUGUGUUUUCGGAGCAAAUAUAAAGUUGGAUAUAUUUUAUCUCGGGUACAGCAGAGUCCUGUAUAGUUUUUAAGGGCGCCUUGCAGCCUGCAAAAGUGCUCAAACGAGCUACUAUCCUUUGAAUUUUUUUUUUUCAAAAAUUAUAUUUUAUCGUAUAUUAUUAUAAUUAUGAGUAUUUAUCUCUUCUGUUCC